AUGACAGCUACAAGAGAUCCCUGCUCACUCUCCAACUAUGGCGCCUGGCGCACAAAACACACUAGUGUCGAUUUCAAAAUCGACUUUGAUGUAAAGCAAAUCCAUGGUUCCGUGGUCUUGCAGCUUGAGAGUCAGACAGACAAGGAGAGCGAAGAAGUCAUCCUUGACUCCAACUCUGUGAAGAUCUCUGAUGUCAGAGUGAACGAUGUAGAGGCCAAGUGGGAAAUAAAGGAUCACUCUGACCCGUUUGGGGCCCCGCUGCAUGUGGCUGUCCCAGGCGGUGUUUCCAAGGAGGAGGUUAUCCACAUAAAGAUCCAUGUUCAAACCACAGACAAGUGUCCUGCGUUGCAAUGGCUCUCUCCAGCGCAGACAUCCAAUGGCAAACAUCCCUACAUAUUCUCUCAGGCUUACCCUAUCAAUGCCCGCUCCAUCUUCCCCUGCCAAGAUAGCCCCGAUGUCAAGUCCACCUUCUCGUUCAGACUUACUUCCAAACUUCCAGUAGUUGCCAGUGGCUUGUAUGUAGGAGAUCGAGACCACACUGCGACUCUUGGCACGGAGAAGGUCUACGAGUUUGAACAAAAGAUUCCUAUUCCUUCGUACCUCUUUGCUGUAGCCUCGGGAGACAUUGCGACAGCCCGGAUCGGGCCUCGAAGCAUUGUUGCUACAGGGCCAAACGAGCUUGCCGCCUGCAAAUGGGAGCUGGAAAAUGAUAUAGAAAAGUUCCUACAGGCUGCCGAGAAGCUUGUCUUCCCUUAUAGAUGGGGGGAAUACAAUGUCCUUAUCCUUCCUCCCAGUUUUCCUUUCGGAGGAAUGGAAAUUCCUAUUUAUACCUUUGCUACCCCAGCCAUCAUUAGCGGUGACCGACAAAAUGUCGACCUCUUUGCCCACGAGUUGAGCCACGGUUGGAGCGGCAAUCUAGUAACCAACUGUAGUUGGGAACAUUUCUGGUUGAAUGAGGGAUGGACUAUAUACCUGCAGAGGCGUAUUGUAGGUGCCGUUAACGGCGACGCCGAGUUUCAUUUCUCUGCCAUUCUCGGCUGGAAACGCCUUGAGGACGACGUCGAACAAUUUGGCAAAGAUCAUGAAUACACCAAGCUGGUUGUCAACCAUGACAAUGUUGAUCCCGACGAAGUUUUCAGUACAGUAGCAUACGAAAAGGGUUUCCAUCUGCUGUAUUAUCUCGAGAAAGUGGUCGGUCGAGAGAACUUUGAUAAAUUUAUCCCUCACUACUUCGACAAAUGGGCCGGAAAAUCAUUGGACUCUUUCGAGUUCCGUGACACAUUCAUGGACUUUUUCAACGAGACGGGCGACGCCGAGAUAAAAAAGAAUAUUGCCACCAUCGACUGGAACGAUAAGCUCUACACUCCUGGUCUACCUCCUAAGCCCGAGUUUGACACCACCCUGGCAGACCAAUGCUUCGAGCUGGCCAACAAGUGGAAGGAUCCAUCAUUUGAGCCUAGUGAAAAGGAUGUUGAAGAGUUCACUGCUAACCAGAAACUCACUUUCCUCGAAACCGUCCAGCAAGCUGAAAAGCCUUUGAGCCCUGAGCGAGCUCAGCUUCUUGGAAAGGUCUACAAUGUCGCUACCUCUACGAGCGUUGAACUGAAAACGUCAUACUUGCUCGUCGCUCUCAAGGCGAAUGAUACAUCGUGUUUCAGUGACGUCGCUGAGUGGCUUGGCCACGUUGGUCGCGUGAAAUACGUGCGACCCUUAUUGCGAGCCCUGAACAAGGUUGAUAGGCAGCUUGCUUUGGAUGCUUUCCAGAGGCACAAAGACUUUUACCACCCCUUCUGCAGGGGGCUGGCUGAGAAAGAUCUCGGUAUCACUGCAUAG